AUGGAUUCUGAAGUUGCUGCUUUAGUUAUUGAUAACGGUUCCGGUAUGUGUAAAGCCGGUUUCGCCGGUGAUGACGCUCCAAGAGCCGUCUUCCCAUCUAUCGUCGGUAGACCAAGACACCAAGGUAUCAUGGUCGGUAUGGGUCAAAAGGACUCCUACGUUGGUGAUGAAGCUCAAUCAAAGAGAGGUAUCUUGACUUUACGUUACCCAAUUGAACACGGUAUCGUCACAAACUGGGAUGAUAUGGAAAAGAUCUGGCAUCAUACCUUCUACAAUGAAUUGAGAGUGGCCCCAGAAGAACAUCCAGUUCUUUUGACCGAAGCUCCAAUGAACCCAAAAUCUAACAGAGAAAAGAUGACUCAAAUUAUGUUUGAAACUUUCAACGUCCCAGCUUUCUACGUUUCCAUCCAAGCUGUUUUAUCUUUAUACUCUUCUGGUAGAACUACUGGUAUUGUCUUAGAUUCUGGUGACGGUGUUACUCACGUUGUCCCAAUUUAUGCUGGUUUCUCCUUACCUCAUGCCAUCUUAAGAAUUGAUUUGGCUGGUAGAGAUUUGACCGAUUAUUUGAUGAAGAUCUUAAGUGAACGUGGUUACUCUUUCUCUACUACUGCUGAAAGAGAAAUCGUUCGUGACAUUAAGGAAAAAUUAUGUUAUGUUGCUUUAGAUUUCGAACAAGAAAUGCAAACUGCUGCUCAAUCUUCUUCCAUCGAAAAAUCUUACGAAUUACCUGAUGGUCAAGUUAUUACCAUUGGUAAUGAAAGAUUCAGAGCUCCAGAAGCUUUGUUCCACCCAUCCAUCUUAAGUUUAGAAUCAGCUGGUAUUGAUCAAACCACUUACAACUCUAUCAUGAAGUGUGACGUUGAUGUCCGUAAGGAAUUAUACGGUAACAUUGUCAUGUCCGGUGGUACCACCAUGUUCCCAGGUAUUGCUGAAAGAAUGCAAAAGGAAAUUACCGCUUUGGCUCCAUCUUCAAUGAAGGUUAAGAUCAUUGCUCCACCAGAAAGAAAGUACUCUGUCUGGAUCGGUGGUUCUAUCUUGGCUUCUUUGACUACUUUCCAACAAAUGUGGAUCUCAAAGCAAGAAUAUGAUGAAAGUGGUCCAUCUAUUGUUCAUCACAAAUGUUUCUAA